CGCUGUACUUUCUUUGGGUGCCGGGCUUCCCCGCUGCGACCGGACACGCUAGUCUAGCGCGUGUCUACGUACUCCUCUUGGGGAUUUCGUGGCCAUACCAGCAGGACACCCUGUUCGGUGCUGCUACAUCGAGUCAGCUUCUCUUCGUCCGACCAAGAGCAUACUAGUGGCCGUCGAUAAUCAUAUUACACCACCCAUGCAGCUGCGGGCCGAUGCCCCAGGACGAUUGCACCACAUCUUCUCCCAGAGCACCGUCCGCCGACAGCUCCACCAAUCACGGGCGCGGACGCGACACCAACUGCACUGCUGCGGACCACCGGCCCGUCGUCUGAGCAGCACGAGCUCGCACCAUGAGACCGAAACGAGCACCAAAGCCGCGCUGCGCGACCUCCUCCGGCAGACCGCGCAACCCGUCGCCGUGGUCACCGCGCUGCUCCCUCCGCCAACAUCCGUUACGAGCUCGCAGCCGCUCUACCACGGCGCGACGCUCUCCUCCUUCACCUCCGUCGCGCUCGACCCCCACCCUCUCGUCGCCUUUUCCCUCCGCGUCCCCAGCCGCAUGGCCUCCUCCCUCUCCCACUUCUUCCCCUCCUCCCCUCCUUCCUCUCCCACAACGUCGUCAACGCCAAGGACAGACCUGACUCCGCACCUUGUCAUCAAUCUCCUCUCCGCCUCGCAGUCCUCCCUCGCACAUACCUUCGCCCGCGCCGACCCCGCACACGCGCCCUUCGACGCUCCAGGCGUGCACUACGACCUCACCUCGGACGGCCUACCUGUCCUCCGCGGCGCGCUCGGCGCACUCUCCUGCUCUCUUGUCGGCGCUUCUUGGCCUUUACACGACCUCGCCGCGCUUUCUGUACGUCGCACCCAUCAAGAAGGUCAGGAACCUUGGGCCGGCGCCGGCGUCGCGUCCGAGCUAUACAUCGCGCGCGUGACACGCGUAGAAGAGGUGGUACGCGCGUCCGAGGACGAGCUUCAAGGGGAGCCGAUGCCGCUGUUGUACCACCACCGCGGAUACUGUACCGUCGGCCCUGGUCCUCAUCCUGAUCCGGGUCCGAAAAAGGCGUGAAGCCGCGACCUCAAACGCGCUGUCUCGCUCACUCUCCUCGCUCGCCGCAAGGACCGUGCCGCCCGCAGACGAAAGUCGGAGCCGUGUCGCACCGUGUUUACCGACGUCGCCCGUCUCGGCUGCCUUCGACUAGUACAUAUUCCAGAGCCUUGCUCUCGCGCUCAAGCGCGUCGCAUUGAAGGUUAGCGCCUCGAUGACCUCGGGCCCCGCGCGCAUCAAGGCCGCGAUUGCCAGAGCGAAGGGAGUUGACGAUCGGGUGCUUCGCCACUCCAACAGCAGCGGAACCCAUCUCACGGCCAACUACCUGGCGAUGAUUCGCCUCAGGACGCUAUCUUGGAAAUAGGGCCAAAGAUUGGGCAAAGAUACGAGUACGCCGCAGCGUAGUCUUGAAAACAAUAUCUGCCUGAACACCCCGUCCAAAACCCG